AUGCAUCGAUACGCCGCCGCAUUACUCAGAAAACGCACUGCACCUCUCCUCUCAGUUCCUCUUGCUGCCAGACGACCUGCCGCGCCCUUGGCCGCAACCCUCCUCACGCGCGCGAGCGCGCACGCGCUGCGCAGCCGACCCAUAUCUGUCGACGUAAGUCAACAGCCGCUGGAUUUGCUGUCCCGGCUCGGCGGCCUCGAUACCGCUGCAGUUGAUACGAUGGCUUACGGCGACGACGUCGAGGACCUAUUAAACAACUACCCCACGGAGUACCGCGACGCGCUUGCACACCACCGCGAGCACGGCGCGCUACCAGGAAACUUUAACCUGCCGCGCGCCUUUGAUUGGGCCGAACCCUACAUGUUUCCUUCCGAACUGGGCAGUUACGCCACGAGUGAUGAACGCCGCGACGGAAGCCAGUACUUCUCCGGUUCAAACUACAUCCGCCUGACGACGCGCAGCGUCGACGCGGGGCACGACGCGUUCAACAGAGUGCUGCGCGCGCGCAAGGACAACUACAUCGCUACGCGCAACGCCGAGAAGGCGGCGUACGACGAGCUGGUGACGCUCGUCCGGCGGGCCGCCCCGCAGAACGACACGGACGCGCGGUUCACCGCGCGCGAGGACGAUAAGGCAGUGAUUGACGCGCUCGCGGCGAAGGUCGAGCAGCUCGGCUUCGUGAAGGCGGGCCAGUCGCCGACGAAGAUCCCGCCGGAGGAGUGGACCGCCGUCCAGCGCAAGGCGGCCGGCUUUUUGGGGGUGCCGAGCCGCGCGAUGAUGCUGGGUGGCAACACGCACUGCGUGUGCGAGGCGGGGCACGGCGGCGGCGGGCUCCAUGCUUUCGCCAUGGUCAUGGGCGACGACGCCGAGGCGCGCGCGGAAGGGAUCGAGGAGCUGCGCUUGCUCGCCGCGCUCAUCAUGUUUUAUUAUAAUAGGAUGAACUACAAGGCGAGCGUGCCCGCGUCGGCCCUGUGCGCGAAGGUGUGGAAAUCAAAUUUCGAGGUGCCCCACGCCAUCGACGCGUCCUUCUCUUUGUGGUCACAGCUGCUCGAUGACGUGGAGGUUCCACGCCAUCGAUGCGACGUCUCGACUCACUGGUUGAUAUCCACACCAGGCGCGCGGUCGCGGCGGCGACGACGGAAGACGCGGUCGAUAACGCGCGGAUGAGCAACGUCGGCAGCGACAUCGUCCAGCUCCAGCUGCGCCACAACGUCUCGCUCCGGGCGCCGAAGGCCAUCUCGGCGUGGCAGAUGGACCGCGCCGAGUUCUUGGAGCGGUUCUACGACGCGUCGGGCCCCUACGUGACGCUCUUCGGGCGCGGCAUCACGAACGGCGGGACGGGCGCCCUCUGCUGCUCGUGCUGCUGCGUGGCCUGCGUCCUCGGCGUCGGCGGCGCCGUCGGCCUGGCCAUGAUGGCGUUGCUGAAUCGCGGUCCGACGUACAAGCUCUUGACGCAAGGGUCGUCGGGCGGCGUCCAGAGACUCCUGGAGGGCGACGACCGCUGGAAGCGGCUCCUGACGCACGAGGCCAUGGAGCUGCUGGACCCGAGCAGCGGCGUCUGCGUGGCGACGAGCAACGCGUUCAACGCGGCGAGCCGCGCGCGGACGGCGGUGGCCCGCGCCGACGCGCGCGCGUUAGCGCAGAUGACGCGGCGCGGCGUGUCGCUGGUGGCGGCGGCGGUGCCAGUUUCUCCGCGCCGCGUCGCCGCGACGCACCAGUUAGCCGCGCGCACGACGAGCCUCGCGCGGAAGGCUCUGAACAGGUGCGCACCCGGUUGGGCGAGGGUCGCGGCCGUGCGGGCUGCUCAAACUGUAGUGUUAGCUGGCCGUGGUGGCGGCGUCGCUGGUGCGGUGGCUCGAGCCCUCGCUGCUGGCUCGUUCGGCGUCGGCGCGCUCGCGGCCGCGGCCGACGCCGGUUCGCAAGCGGUCGGAAGCGGCUCCGGGGCGCUCGCCUCGUUGAAAGGAGCUGCUGAUGUGGCGUCGAUGGCGUUUUCUGCGUGCGGAAUCGCCUGUGAAGUGCGGGCGUUGACGCGCAUGACGGGCGUCCAGUGCACGCGCGACCUCGACCGCUUCGACUUCCGGGUACAACACCGGCGAUUGACGACCAUGGACGAGCUGGAUCCAUGGUCGUGGAGGACGCUCAUGGACCUCAACGACAUCGGCAUCCAUCCGAACGCGUCGGAGCGAGUGCUGGUCGAGCAGUACGUGAACUACUUCUACAACUACUUCUACUUCCCGCCCGGAAGCGCUAUUAACCCCGGGGAGAACGACUACAAAAACCUACUGAUAGGCCUGAACUCGGCGCCGUACGGUCGGCUCCUCGUCCAGCAGUUAGUGAAGCCGCGGAACGAGCGCGACUGGCCCUUCCUCGACGUGGACAAGGACGACGUCGUGUGCACGGAGAACUCGCACCUGCGCCUCUUAUUAUAUGAGAGGCUUACCGAAAAGACGGUCGAAGCCGUGCUGCGGGACGAGGACGAGUGGGUGCUCGACAACUGCGGCCUGGCGCUCGACGCGACGGCGCGGUUGUUAUAUGCACGGAGGGGGGGCGUUCGGGUCUCGCUGCGCGACUCUCUCGAGGCGUGGUGCCGCCUCCCGAGCGGCUACGGUAAGAGAGCGGCCUCGAAAUUCGAGACCGGAACGCGCCACAAGGACGAGUCGCAACCGUCGGCGGACCUGGCUACCGACUACGCGACGGAGUCGGUACAGACGUUGCUGCGCUACGUCCGCGCGCAGGUGAAGGCUACGAUCGCCAAGCUGGUCCUGCCGUACUUCGACGAGGUCGACGAGGCGGUUCUUUCUUUGAUGAAGAACCCGCGCUUCCAGCCGAAGGACGACGCGGGCCGCGAGUACCAGCGGCGCCACCUCGCGCGCCUCGGUGACAAGGAACACCAGCGCGCGCGCGACAACCUCGUCGCACUGGCGGCGACGAGCGAGUACGUCGCCGGCUCCAAAGAAGACUAGCUGGACGCGGCGGCGCGGCCGCGGCCGCGUCGAUGGCGUUGUGUGUAGUCAUCCUAUGUAUAAAGUCAUACCCCCUAGCUUUUUUCGUUUUCGCACGGACCCGAUCGCCGGGCGCGAGGAGUUGCGGAUCGCCCACGGCGGCUUAUCAUGGACCCUACACACACCAUCGAGGCGACGCCUGCUCGAUGGCGUCGCGGUGCACCCGACUCACUGGUUGAUCUGCACAGGCACCGGAACGAGUCGAGCGCACGAUGUGCGGCUUGGAGACGUGACGAUCUUGGACAUUAACCGCCGACGCCCGGAGAUCGGCCAGGAGGCGUUCGGCGCCAGAUUGGCUCUCAUCCCGCCGUCGGUGAAGAAGACGGGCGCGGCGCGAACAGAUUCGUUCGACUUUUCACAGUCGGCGACCGCAAACGGCGUCGGCUGCACUACUGCGGCCGUCAACUACGCCUAUGACACCGUCGCGGACCCUAUGGUCUUCGCGGUCAGUGUUCGGCGGACGACCAUCUUCUCCUACGCCGCGGAGUUUACCAAAGGAAUCGUCAACAGCGUUGGAUCUCUUGUGUUAACUGUGGUACAGGCAACGAUAUUUCCGAUGAAGGUGGUCAUCUUGAUUCUAGGCUUAA